CAUGGCUGAUGUGUUAACGUCGUCUGGACUGUUUGAGAACGUGGUGAUUUUGGGGAGUUUUAACCGCACAACCCAGCUGAAGAUGUGCGACCGGAUCCUAUCUGAUGCUCGUUUGGCACGAUCAGAGAACCCUUGGUUUGUCACCAAGGGCUGUAAACUACAUAACUACACACACAGCGACGCCCAGAAAUGUAUGCGGAAAAUCUCCAAGAGAUUUGGUGUGAACAGUAUAGCCGUGGUAGGGGACUCGAGGAUGAGGAACCUUUUCGUGGGCCUGACGAAAUUCCUGGGCAAGGCGGAUUGGCACAUACCAAUACCCAUGAGGCACUCUGACUUCCAUUAUUACAACCCAGAUAUUGAUACCCUCGUGUUUUUGCGGUUUCGAGGGAAAAUGGAUGUGGAAAUAAGUAACGAUUACAUCUCGUGGGAAGAAAGUCCUUCCAUAUUGAGACCUCGUGUCAUCAUACAAGGACAUGCGCUGGUGAGCAGGAAUUUAAACCUGGACUUACUUUACAAAAGCAGGGGCUCCAUGGCCGAGGUGGUUAGCGGGCCAGGGCGAUGCAAUGACCCAGGAGCCUCUCACCAGUGCGGUCGCUGGCUCCCUCUCCGACCGAACGUGAGAAGGUCUAUCACCUACCUGUAG